AAAGUAAACAACGAAGUCGUAGAAAAUAAAAAAACAGAUCUAAGUUAAAUUAAUUAAAGAAAACAUAUUAUUAAAACAUAUUUUGAAGGGGAAUACUAACAUCACAUAGAAAAAUAAAGUGAAAGCUUAAAUAACCAAACGCACUUGUAAAAUCAGAAUAAAAUGUCACACAGGUCGACUUUUCAGCUCAACGACUUAUUUCCAAGAGAAAUUGAUAUCGAAGUGUGUUUAAAGACGUUAAAAAUUUUCCAAAAACUUGAAGGUGACGUUAAUUGUGUAGUUUGGGAUGCAUCUCUCGUUUUGGCUAAGUAUCUCGAAACUAUGUGCCAAAGCAAACCAGAUUUUUUGAGUGGUGUAAGAGUUUUAGAAUUAGGUUCAGGACUGGGAGUAGUGGGCUUAACCGCUGCUACUUUAGGGGCCCAAGUUACUCUAACAGAUCUACCGGAAGCCUUACCAUUGCUACGGCUUAAUAUUGCUGAAAACAAGUCAAAAAUUGGCAGCAUGGGAGGUUACGCUAUUGCAGAGUCCUUAGUAUGGGGUGAUACCAACUCUGAAAUACAGAAGCAAGAAUUUGAUAUGAUUGUUAUGGCUGAUUGUGUUUAUUAUGAAGAUGCUAUAAAUCCACUUAUAGAAACACUCAAGUGUCUCAAUAACACAAUAAACAAGAAGCCGACUAUAUAUUUAACUCAAGAAUUAAGAGAUUCUGACAUACAAAAGAAACUAUGGAGUGUUUUUUAUGAAAAAUUGUCAGAAUUUUUCUUCAUCGAAAAAAUACCUGAGGAACAACAACAUGUCAACUACAGAAGUUCUGAUAUAUUACUACUAAAAAUUAUAAAAAAAUGAUAUUUGUAUAGUUAUGACUUCUAAGCUUUUGGAUGAUAACAGAUGCUUUAGAUUAAUUGAUAUAGAUUAAAAUAUAUGCAUUUGUAUCCACAAAUGCUAAUACAUUCCUGUACUAAUAAAUUAUUGUUACUAUAAUUAAAUAGAAACUACUAUAAAUUCCUAAAAUAUUUUAAAAUC